UGUUGGUGGUGAUGAUCGUCCCCCAUGUGCGGCUACUUCACUCGUAUCACGUGUUGGGUGUCCCCUUACCUCUUUUUGAAUUUUACCCCGUCAUGAAUGGGUAAACUACUACCACUAAACUAUCCAGAUCAUACAGGCUCAUGCAGAUCGUGGCAACUUUCUUCUUUUCAGAAGAUGACUGAUAGAUAGAUGAUAAAAUAUACGGUAAAUCUCCUCAACGCGUCCACCUGUCUUUUCUGUAAAACCAUGUGUCGACUUCAUACAUUGAACUAUGUCUAAGCGUUGAAAUCCGGCCGUUUUCUGCGCAUCCAUAGUUUGAGUAAUUCUUGUUGGUGAGUAGUUGGUCAUGUCCAAGUACUAGGUAGGUAGGUAGGUUUUUGUACGGUUAUGAACUUACACAACAUAUACAUCUACUUCAUCUACACUCAAUUUUCACUGGUAGAUAUGCAUCAAUUUCUCCUAUUUGUUUGCGAGAUAAGCAAUAUGAAACAAAAUGACGGACUUGGAAAAUGAGCUUCUGAAUGAUCUAGUGUUUGAUUGGAGUGAAGACGGUUUGCCAAACCGGCAUCCGGUUCUGCAGGCGCAACCACGAACGGAACCACUAGAGGAGGAUGGACAUGGAGGGCGCUAUUGGCUCAUCCCUUUUGGUAUUGGGGGUGACUAUGUCUCAAUUAGGCAUAGCAGUUUAUGCCGGCAUACAACGAUUGACUUAAUGCCGAAGAAGCGGGCGAAAUUAGGGCUUGCCAUAUAAUUAAUUUUUAUCUUGAUGAGAGUGUAACUAGACAACAUCUUUGUUGAGGUGCUUUCAAGGGGAAAGUAGAACAGUUAUUCAAGAUGUCACCUUCUAGAUGGGAAUCAUGCUAACAAAAGCGAUGGAACUUUCUCCGAAGGUGGAAAUUGCUGUUGCGCGUUUUGUGAAGGUGGAAGCGCUGCUAAAUGUAGUCUCGCGCAUUGUCGUUUUUCCCAUGGAGGCACUCUCUAUGCUGUUUCUUCCAGAUGAAGACGCUUCAAAAGAAGGAGACGCAAGCUCUUUUGACCCCGAGAACUGCAGUAGAGCAGAGGACUCCGAGAACUGUGGUUCUUCUAACUGUGGUUCUUCAGAUGUGGGAGGAAGCAAGAUUUUGACUCUCGAGGAUUUCGUUGUUUUCGGACAGCAAAACUUGCAGAUUCUUGUGAAGCAUUGCGACUUCGAGAUGCACUACUUCGAGUCGCGGUUGUUAGGUGCUGCGCGGGAUGAAGAUUAUGAGACUAUUUUCAGCAUCGUGCGGUGGAGUCAGUACAUUGCUGACGGUGUUCUGGGGACUCUCGUACAGUACCAGUACUAUAAGGCUGCAGCGGAAGUGGUGGAGGCAGCACGGAAAAAGGGCUAUGCUGCUCGCAGGGAAGGCAUUGUGUCACCGGUAGAAGCGGAGCAAUAUUUGUUUCACGAUGAUAAACCUUCGACGAAAGUGGCAGGAACGGGAAGUCCUAAAAAAGGCGAGGAAAAAGAACUUGAUGAAGUGACAGAACCUGCUCUGCUAAAGAUGAAACAAGAAGGCGUAGAAGAGGUCGAGAAGACUUUGCUGCUGGACAAGACCAGCACUGUUGUAUCAAGCACUGCUUCGUCAAACGGGAUACUGUCUUCUGCUUCUUCUUCUCUUAUGGGUAGUAGUUUAAAGCUGUUCUUCAUGUUGCCGUUUGUUUUGCUUCUCCGAAGGGAGAAACGCAGAACAAACGGGGGCUAAAAACGUGAGGCACCUACCUCUAAUUCUCCUGCUGUUGGAGGUGAAGAACAAGAGGCAGUGCUUCUUUCUGAGUUGGAUGUGAAUCAAGUGGUGACGCGAAGUGAGAGCAGAACCGCACUCCACUUUUUGUGUCUUCAAGCACCAUUUGACCUCUUGGAGGGAAGCUCGUGCUGGGCAACUGCUAUUAUGUUAUACGUACUAACGUGCUUCAGAGGAAACUGAUCAUCAUCAUCAUCUACUGAUCAUGUUGAUGCGAUUAGAUACGAGGCGUUCCAUGGAGGAUACGAGGCGUUUUAUAAUUUAGAUUUACUUACACAUACAAUGUUGAUCCUUUAUUUGUGUUACUGUUACACGCUGUGGAACGGUUUCGACUUAGUUCCCUAGGGUCUGGUCUCAACAUUGAUUCAAAGUACAUGUCAAAUCGGAGGCAAAUGACAUCCUGUAGUCAUAUUUUUAUCAUUAUCCGGGAUUUAUUAAGUAUAUUUAUCAUUAUUCGUAGUGCGUGAAGCAACCUGUCUAAUGCUACAGAAGCAGAGCAACAGAGCAAAAUGAACUUACUUCGGACGAAGAUGAUGACCUAUUUGCCGAAAACCGAAAAAAGUGAGAUUAAGGCUCAACUUUCAUGACGGUCAUGAGGUUCUUGGUCACUGAGAUCGAAGAGGAGCCCCCUUGAGAGAACACGGGAAAACUAAGGGAAAACAAGGGGAGACGCCCUUCCCGUUCAGAAUCAGCGACCACGGACUGCUGACCUUUAAUACGAGCCAACUCAAGGUUGCAAAACAGGCCAAGGAUCUCCUCGAAACACUAUUGAGCGAUCCGCGAACAGACGUGAACAAACUAGACGCUACCGGGAGAACGGCCUUCAAGAUUGCAGUGGAGAAACGGUAUAAACGUGUAGUAGAGCAUUUCCUCUACCAUGCGAGCAGAGUCGAUGUCAACAUCGGAAAGCGGAGUCCCCUAUUACGGCCUCUUGACCUUUCAACAGCUACCUCUUAAGUACCUUUCAUCCCUAGCGUUCUUGCACGGUCACUAGUUGACGAGCCUCACUAAUAAGUUUCUGCGCCUCGUCGUAUUUGAUGACGAAAAAUAUUGGUUCGACAUUGAGACGAGCCAGUGCCUCAUCAGGUGGCUAGUAUCGUCAUGAAGAUUUAUCAAAAUUAGCGUCAUCUUGUUGAUGUCAACGCCGAUUUAUUUCACAAUAGGACCUACGCCUAACGACUUCUAAAGGUAAACAUAAUUUCACUCGUGCUGGCCGUGGUACUGCAUGUUAGCGCUAAUUCAUAUGAGCUCGAUUGUGGGGAACUCUGUAAAUAUGGUGCGACUACUGCUGGAGCAGCCCAGAAUAGAUAUCAACUUAGCAGACGUCAAUGGCUGGACACCGAUACGCGCGAGUCUCGAGAUGCUACGCUUUAAGGCAAAUUUUGAAUUCCGAUAAUACGACAAAGAAACUCUAACUACAAUUGACUGAUUGUGAUCUCCAACAAAUGCAUGCCUUUUGGAAUUUCAGGCUGUGCUUGGUUUCUGUAUCAACACCUCAUUAGGCUGUACACUUUCUCCGCCAGAUUUCGACUUUUAGCUUUUCAGGUGCCUCGCCCCCGAAAUCUAAAUACUUGUUUGAAGAAGAAGGAAGAAUGCAAAUCGUUCGCGUAAUGUACUAAACUAGAACGAGAAUUCCAGAUCAAGAAAGGUGUGCUACUUGUAAAGGUGAUGUUGAUGUUGAGCAAUGCCUCACAGCUUGAUGAUUGAUUAUGUCUCUAAAAGUUGCAUACCUCCGAAAGAUUUGAUGGACUUGACCUUGGCCGAUUGUUCAAGAGGCAGAACUACGAAAACAAUACCUCGACGUCCAAGCAGGACCAGUCGAAACAUCGGACACGACCAUGUACCAGGAGGCAGUAAAAAAAACGUCGAGGAGAUCCUUAGUACAACUUCUACCCAAGAACAUCAGAAUCAGACUCAGAGCUCUAGUGCAACUAGUUCCACUUUUGCGUCAUCGACUCAUACUUCUAGAGGUUCUGGCGCUGAAAACAAGAACAAAGCUUUUAGCUUUUGGCAGGCUCAGGAGAGCACGCGAACGUUAAGGCCAGUUUAAUCAUCAUUAUAUCCUAGACUAGUAUCUCUGAGUGGAUGUGGAGUCCCCCCCUUGCUUGAAAGUCGUGGAAGGCAAGUCACUGAGCCAGGAAUAGUGAAAAACUACUUUUCUAAAAAAGAGCCGCUUUAUUCCACCGGCUGUGGAGAUUUUCCGCUUACUGUUGGCUCGUAAACGGGAACUACGACACAUCUGGGAACCGGAUAGUUAAGGUCAGCUUUUAUCCAUUUUUCUCGGCAUCUUGGUCCCCUUUUGCCCUUCAUUCUCAUGACAUUCAAGGUCGAUGGGGUCAAGAUGAGAGUACCGAGGUGAACAGAAGCGGACUCUAAGAUAGGUUUGGAAAGUUAGCACGCGACUAUGUGCCAAAAAGGGUGCCUGCCCUCAAAAUGCUCUUGAUGGAAGAAGUAGAGGAUGAUGACGAAUGGCGUGUAGAAGCUGAUGAUGACGAAUGA